GCAGGCGCCGGCGGAGAUGGUGCCCGGCCCCGGCCCCGGCCCCCCUGCCCCUCCACGCCUCCUUCCACACACCCCGGGGGCGGUGCCGGCUCCCUCAUAGCGGGGCGGCCCGCGGCCCUCCGGCCCCCGCCCCGUACCCGCCUCACCCCGGCCCGGCCCGGCCCGGCCGGCACUCGGAGCCCGCCAUGGCGGGGCUGGGGCAGGGGCAGGGCGGGGGGGGGAAACCGCCGCUGCUGGUGAAGAUCGUGAUGGCCGGGGAGACCUGCGUGGGGAAGACCUCCAUCGUGCGGAGGUACACGGAGCCCGCCGGGGCUCCCGCCUCCUCCUACCUGGCCACUAUCGGCAUUGAUUUUAAAGUAAAGCCAGUAACAAUUAAUGAUACAAGAGUGAAACUUCAAAUAUGGGAUACUGCUGGCCAGGAACGAUUCCAUACACUAAGCACUAGCUAUUUUCGUGGUGCACAAGGCUUUGUUCUUGUAUAUGACAUCACAAAUCUGGACAGUUUUCAAAGUAUAACAAGCUGGAUGAACGACAUACAUGAGAAAGCAGGUGAUGAAGUGGACGUAGUACUGCUGGGCAACAAGUGUGAUAAGGAGUCAGAACGUGUAGUUCCAAAGCAGAAAGGAGAAAAGCUUGCUUGGGAACACGGAAUACCCUUUUUUGAAACCAGUGCUAAAGAUAACGUGAACAUUGAGGAUGCGUUCUCAAUCUUGACUAAGGAAAUACUGGAGAAGAAAUCCUGUGUAUUGUAUGACUCAGAUGUUGUGACUCUAAAUGAAAGUAAGAAGAGAACCUGCUGUGCAUUCUGAAAUAUUCUUACUCCAUUUUCUCUUCAGAAAAUAUUUGCAAAGGAACAUACAGGAUUUUUAAAGUGAGCCUGUAAUCCCAAAACACAGUAUGUAGGGAUCCUUUGUAUUAUACAAACUUUGUUGCCAAAUGUUUUGAUAUGUUUAUAUUAUAUUUUCAUACGUUUAAUGUGAAGUUAAAACAAUUAUCUGACUUUGGAAUUAUUAGAUGCAUCACAGGGUGACUGCAUUUGCAUACAAAUGUUUGCACAAAUGAAAUCUAAGUGUACUAAUUUUCUCUUAUUAAAAAAAAAAAAAA